CUCACUACUGCAGUUAAUGCUGCGAAGAAGAGAAUUGAAGAAGUAACACCAGAGGAAAACAAAGGAUCAUCAAAUAACACAGGGAAUCAGAGUGCCCCCAGCGACCCCAAUCCUACCCACCAACCAUCUCCUGCAAGUACGACUGCUGUGUCAGGUUCAGAAGAAACCAAUUCCACUACUACUCCGCCGAGCUCCGAGAACACUACCACAGAAGCAGCAAACCCCACUCCAUCUCCUGCACCUGUAACUAACCCACAGAUCAACAACACCAUCACUUCCACACUGCAGAACAAGGCUAAUGGUGACAGCAGUAUCAGUCCUGUGUGGAUGCGCACGGCAGUACCGCACCUGAUU